CACCGUUAAGUUUGAAUACUGACCAAAAGUCAUAGAAGAAGAAGCCUUCAUCCAGUGCGCAGGCGCCGUGGAGCAGCUAUUUCAUGUGCUUUACGUCUGUCUGGUGGAGGUCAUAGACAUCCGAGCAAACCGAGGUUGCUGUCAUGGCCAAGUUAUUUGAAUCCAUUGGGAAGUUGGGGCUUGCCCUCGCCAUCGGUGGAGGCGUCGUGAACUCUGCUCUAUUCAACGUUGAUGCAGGACACCGGGCUGUGAUAUUUGACAGGUUUCGAGGCGUUCAAGAUGAUGUUGUUGGUGAAGGGACGCACUUCCUCAUCCCCUGGGUUCAGAAACCCAUCAUCUUUGAUUGCCGCUCCCGUCCACGCAACGUGCCUGUCAUCACAGGCAGCAAAGAUCUGCAGAAUGUUAAUAUCACGUUGCGUAUCCUCUUCCGGCCGGUGACGAACCAGCUGCCGCGCAUCUUCACCAGUAUUGGUGAGGAUUACGAUGAGAGGGUGCUACCAUCUAUCACCACAGAGGUCUUAAAGGCUGUAGUGGCUAGGUUUGAUGCUAGCGAGCUCAUCACUCAGAGAGAGCUGGUGUCCAGGCAGGUCAGCGAGGACCUUACAGAAAGAGCCUCCACCUUCGGCUUAAUCUUGGAUGAUGUUUCACUGACACACUUGACCUUUGGCAAGGAAUUCACAGAGGCUGUUGAGAUGAAACAGGUGGCCCAGCAGGAGGCAGAGAGGGCCCGUUUCAUUGUAGAAAAGGCAGAGCAGCAGAAGCAGGCAGCCAUCAUUUCAGCAGAGGGAGAUUCUCAGGCCGCCUUACUCAUCGCCAACUCUCUGAUGGAGGCUGGCGAUGGUCUGGUAGAGCUUCGUAAGCUGGAAGCAGCCGAGGACAUAGCUUUCCAGCUGUCACGCUCCCGCAAUGUCACUUACCUGCCCUCGGGACAGGGCACAUUGCUUCAGUUGCCCCAGUGAUUGCAUCACCACCCAUGUCUACCCCCACUGUCACUGUCUCCAGCCAUUACGUGAGCCAGGGGAAGUGGUGGUUGGAGGAUUCAGUAUAGGAUUCUCCCAACAUCACAUACAUAUUCCUCCCACUUUCUCUCUAAUCAACUCUGGACUGGGCUUUGCUGAUAGCAGCAUGCUGGGAGACAAAGUGUGGGGUCUGUGAUGGAUAAAUUUAUGAAGUCCACCUUUAUGUAAGGAAGUGAAGGGGUUUAUUGCUCCAUCUGUGAUAACCUAAAAUAUGUAUAGUACUCUGUUUUGAGAAUUGUUAAUGCAGGAAGUUCUCUCAAGAUUCAAGUUGUCAGAGUGAGAGCACUUAAUGAGUGGAAAGCAACAGUCAUUUGUACAUCAAGGAAAACAGUGUGUGAUUCCUUUCAAAGAUAAAUGCGAAUGGUAAAUGCCAUUAUUCUGUUGUUGUGCUGGGAAGUUUCAUCAAAUUGUGUAACAAUUUUGAAAUUGGAAAUGAAUUGCUGUCUUUCUGAUUGACUGUCAGAUAUGUCUAGACAUGGUUUAUUCAUUUGGCUGAAGUUGUUCAAUUACUGAGUUUUCUGGAAUAUAUCUGCUUUCUUCUUUCAGAUAAUUUUUUUUCAUGCCUAAUGUUGCCACCCCAGUCAAUUGGAAUGUGCCUAAAAAUAAAUAGAACUCAGUAGAGGAUGACACUAUUUUCUUUGCUGUCUUCAGUUUGUAUGGAGAAAAUCUAAUCCCCCAUUUUGCAGAAAUGGAUCGACUUAAUAAAAUUGUCUUUCUGCCUCCGAGU